AUGGCAGCCGUGAUAUCACAUAUCGAUAGCCAGAGCACCCCCUGUUCGGGCUUUACGGAUAAUACAACUUUAUUCCAACAACCUAUUUCAAAUAUUGCUCCAGUACUAGUCGACUCCCACCAAGCAGAAGCGACAGCCCCCCACAAUGGGACUGAUGAUGACACCUUUGGCAAAACGGGAUUGGCGACAUGCAGCGAAAUCAAAUUUGCGCCAAGCACCAAACGACUAUUAGAGGCUUGUAAAACAAAUUGCGGAGAGUUCCUACGUGCAAUUAGUGAAGCUAAAGCGGCCUUCCCAACCGGGCAGGGCUGGGAAGCUGCGAUAGCCACGAAGAAAGAAAAUGCUGACAUUCGCGAUCUGAUGAGGAUAUACCAUAGGUUUGAAUGUUAUAACAUCUACCGGCAUGUCGUCGAGGCCGGAUAUCAUACCGGUACACACUGGAUUCGGGAAAUGCGCGCUGUACUGGCCAACAAGCUUUGCCGGGACUUCCCGGGGCGUUUUCAAAACCAGAAGACUGCUAACAAAUGUUUGAACUGGGUCGAUCAGGGCUGCAGCUAUCAUGAGUGGACGGAAAUACUUAGUGAAACACCGAAUCUGGGGUAUCUGAUUGCAUUGCCUUCAGACGUGUCCCACUCAGCGUACACAUCGAGAUGCACCAAAGAGAAAAUGAAUACAGCUGUGCUCAAAUUCAAAAGCUUGGGCAUCGAUGAUGUUGUGAAAAAUUUGAAACUUGCCGAACUGGGCAACAAUAUUGCGGCAAAACUGAGGGAAAUGACAGGCAAGAAGCGGAAGGAUGUUAAUGGGGAAAGGACGAUCCAGAGCUCCCGGAAAUCACCACGAUUGACGUCAUCCUCGAGCAUACUUGCUCUCACUCUACAGUCGGGCCAAAAGACCACGGCGCCCGAAUCAAUGGCAGCUGCCAAUCAACACCUAUUUGAUCACCCUACCGAGUCUUUGAUGUCAACUUCGGCGCAAGAACAUGUUGGUAACCAUGGGCGACAAGAUCAAAACACAAGCGGCUCUGUCGCGGACGACUAUGUGGUCCCAUAUGACCCUUUCAAUAACCUUGGGCUCAACUCACCUGCAUAUUCGGAGCUUUUCAUGCACCAGUAUUCUGCCAUCUCGAUACCAUUCGAUGAGUGGUAUCAACACCCAAAUUAUGCAGAAGGAUGUGCUACAAAUUAG